CUAAUGUUGAAGGAAAGAUUCUUUGCAAAGAAGACUUUUUUGAUGAGAAUCCAGAUAUACAGAUUACUGUGACACUAUACAGAACUGGUUUUAUAAAAGAAUUAUCAAAUCAUAAAAUCAGUAGGAUUAUUAUGUUGACAGUUCUUAAUAUACCAUCAAGUGUUAAUUAUCUAGAACUUAAUAGCAACAAUCCAUUCGAUAAACAAAGACUACAUCUAAAUUAUUUUGAAAAAUCUGAUGAUUUAUAUAGAAUGAUUAGUGCACUUAAAUUAUGUCGUGAAAUACUUAAGCAGCCACCAUUGAGUACUAUUUACAAUAUUAAAAAAGUUGAGAUAUAUGAUGAAUACAGACAAUGGAGUACCAACAAGGAUGAUAUUAGUGAUGAGGAUUGUGAAACAUUUGUUAUAGAAAGG